CGACGCUCAGGACCAGAGAUUCAAGCCUGGAAGAUGCCAGUGUUGACUUCAUUCAGCAUGUCAUCAUAUCUGGCGCUGUUGAGAGUGGCUUCUGGGGAGUGUACUUCAUUCUGAUGAUAAUGUCCACGUAUGCCCUUAUCCAAGAAGGUCUCUCCGGUUCCCGAGCACGACAGAUGCUGCUUCUCUGCACUAUCGUCAUGUUCUGUGCCGCCACUGUAACAAUGUUCAUUGACGUUGCAACCUCCGUCCUCGAGAUACUCUUCUAUGAUCCAUCUGCAGUCUAUCCCGAGGCUGUACUCAUCCGUUGCGAUAUGGUCACCAACAUCAUGGUCCGCCUCGUCUUUGUGAUGUCGGAUGUGAUCGUCGUCCGGAGAGCAUGGGUUCUCUGGAAGCAGAGCCAACGGGCAAGGAUGUUGCUCGCGGUAUGCUUUGCCGUGGACCUCGUGUCUGCUCUGGUCGAUCUCGCCCUUACGCUCGUUCUUGACGUCCGUAAUGACGGUGAACAGCGUUCAGGGACUCAGUCCCUCCUACUCACAAUCCCGGUACUGGCCACCAACAUUCUUUCUACAGCACUCGUCGGAUGUAAAACUUGGCAAUAUUAUCAAAGUAUCAGACUAGCCAAACUAGAUGUGUCAAGCCAUAGGGUCAGAGUAGGAAGAGUUCUGAAUGUAUUGGUUUGCGCGGGAGUUGUGUAUUGCGUCUUUUGGGCCCUGUUCAUUAUAAGCACAUUUGGAGCUCUGAAAUACCCGGCAACAGACGUGGUCAUCGACAUCAUUCCUCAAAUCUCUGGGAUCUACCCAACGCUCAUCAUCAUCCUUGCCGCACUCGAACGACACCACAGCUCUACACCCUUCGACAAGCCUACCGCUCCCCUAGGUUCUCUCCACUUUGCGCGUGCUCCUCUACCAACCAGGAACCCCAGGCACCCUGUUAGGGAAAGCUCGAUUGACAACUGCACGACGACAGACACGAGAGAACGAGAGGUACAGUCGGUGUCGAGGACACAUACACUGCGUUCAAAUUCCGCCGUAGUACCACCGAGUGACGAGAGUAUGUACGUAGAAGGCGAGAAGUCAGGAGAUGAGUGGGAUAUGAGGCUUAAGGAAGAGAGAAGUCAGGUGGAAGGAGUGCGGCUCUCGAAGCCAUCAAUAGAGGAAGUGUAGGCUUCAAAAUGAUGCAAUACGCCAACGCUCUCGGCGUACUGCUGCACAUAAUCCAUCUAG